ACAAAUCACAUUUACAAGUUAGUUAUUGUAAAUGUUCAAUGUAAUAUACUAUAUAUAACAUUAAGAUUAAAAUAUCCAACCAGGUCAUUUUGGUUUUAAAGCAAAAAGAAAAAUGAUCUUUAAAUGUGAACUCGGAGUAAAUGCUUUACUUUCCAGCAAUGGGAGGAAGAAAUUCUAAACCUGCAGAUCCACCUCCACGUAAGAUGACUUACAGAUUUUUAUUAUUUAAUCACAUGUUGCACUGUGAUAUCAGUGAUCAAACAUUUUGUUUUGUACUUGUCAGUUCUUGAUACGCCAUGGAGAAACAUAAACUGGGAAGACAAACGGAGCGCUUUGCGGUAUGUCAACAACUACAAACCCCAACCUGAAAACCGGCAGCUGAGGAUUUUACUUCAUGGUCUGGUUGGAGCUGGAAAGUCCAGUUUCAUCAACUCUGUCCGCAGCGUGUUAGAAGACAGAAUGUGCAGUCAGGCUAGGGUGGAUAAUACAGCUUCUACCUUCAGUUGCACCAAAACCUACACAACCUACAGGAUCCAAAAAGGAAGCAGGAACACCUUUUACCCGUUUGUCCUCAAUGACAUGGCAGGCCUGCGAAACACCAGCUUCAAAAACAGAAGAAAUCACAUGAAAGACGUCAAACGGGUGAUGAAGGGACAUGUGAGAGACGGUUACACGUUUAAUUCUGAACGUAAGAUAUCAAAGGAGGAUCGAUUCUACAACACAGAUCCAACUGCCAACGACAAAGUGCGCAUUCUGGUUUGUGUCAUUGAUGCCAGCACAGUGUCUCUGAUGAAAAAAGAUGAUGUAGAAGCAAUACAGCACAUCAGGGAGGAGGCCAGUGAUCUGGGAAUUCCUCAAGUGGCCGUCCUCACCAAAAUUGAUGCAGCUUGUCCUGAAAUCAAACAAGAUGUAAAGAACGUCUACAGGAGCAGGAAACUGAAGUCAUUGAUGGAGCAGUUCAGUGCAGAAGUGGGUAUUCCCAUGAACUGCAUCUUCCCUGUGAAGAACUACCAUGAAGAAAUCAACCUCAACAAUGAUGUUGACUCGCUGCUCCUGAGCGCACUGACAAACAUCAUCAACUUUGGAGAAGACGGCAUCAACUUCAAAAAGAGUCAGUCUGAAUGUUGAGACAGAUGUACGGGUAUGCUCCUAAAUGUUCUCAGAUAACAGAGGUCCUGCAUACUCAGCAGCUAUAAUACCAGGUGUGUGCUUCAUGUAAAGUGCUGCCAGUGAAUAAUGUAGCCAGAAGUUCCUUUUUACUGGUGGUGUUCAGCUUCAUGUUGGGUCAGCAGGACAUUUUUAUGGAUCAGGGUAACAGAUUGAUAAUGUCAUUUGAAAUGGCAUUGUUACUUUAAGCUGUUUUUGUUUUUUGAUGUGGAGUCUUUUUUUAUUUCUUUAAUUGUGGUGAUGUGCUUUUGGAUUUUAGUCUCAUGCUUCUUUCUGUUUUCUUUGUUUUCUAACAUCGUGGGGCCAUGUUCAAAACAAAUGUUUUCCUUUAGAUAUUCUUACUGUGUCUGAUAAUCUAUAAAAUCAAUCAAUCAAUGUUUGAAUGCAGCAUAAAAAGGCUGUAUUUCAUUAUAAACAAUCAGGUUUUAUAACAAUCUUGUAUAUGAAUUCCUGAUUUUUUGAAUAUUUGUAUGUUUUAGUGUAAAGCCCCUGAAAACGUGGCUUCAAAUAUUUUUAAUAUUUCUUCCCAACAUUAAAUAUUUAUGACUAAAUUAGCAACAAUUAAGGUUUUAAAAAAACAAAACAAACAUCUUUUGAUAUUAUUUCUGAAGAAUCUAACAGUCAGAACCUGAGCUAAUCUGGUUCUAUAGGAGUGUGUGUGUGUGUGUGUGUGUGUGUGUGUGUGUGUGUGUGUGUGUGUGUGUUUGAUCAAAUUUAACUGACUGACUAUUUGAGUCCUGCCCACUCAAAUCAGAGAAAUUGUGAAAUAACUAAAAGUGCUAAACUUUUGCAGAAUCAUGUAAGAUUUCAUCGCUUAUAAUGAGUAGCUCUGAGAAAAACUAAAAGGGGUUCGUUAUACUGUAUCAACAUUACUUCACAAUCAAUGUCUUUUAAGAAAUUUUGGGCACUAAUAUGUAUAUAUACAGUAUAAACCAGCUGGGGAAUGACGUGUCCUCAUCCCUGUCGCAGUGCAGUGUGUGAAGCGUUCUUCUUCCUCUGUGAUCAAUACCUGACAGAGAGUUUGUUACAGGACUUCCUGUCGCUGUGAGCCUUAAAUAUACGUGUGUGACUCUCUAAAUAUACAUGUAUUUGUACAUUUGGUUUUCUCCAUCGCCUCUGGAAAAGGCAUCAACAGGAAAGCUGCACAAUGUAAAGCUUCAGACAUUUUGUUUUAUUGCUGCAUAAAGAAAAAAAAUGACACAUUCAUCAAGAC